AUGUUAGCAUUUAGGACUGCUGGUCACAAUGGUUAUGGCGUACAAUACCUGCCGUUUUUCGAUAACAAGCUAGCGGUAGCGACGGCAGCCAAUUAUGGGUUGGUAGGAAAUGGUCGAUUAUAUAUUCUUCUGAUCGAGCCAAAUGGAACAAUUGCAAAUCCGAUUUCUUGGGAUACCCAAGAUGGACUUUUCGACAUAUCUUGGAGCGAGAACCAUGAAAAUCAGCUUGUGGCGGCAAGCGGUGAUGGCUCUAUAAAAUUAUUCGAUACGACGGUUGGUCAGUUUCCAGUUAUGAAUUGGAGAGAACAUGAAAGAGAAGUGUUUCUGGUCAAUUGGAACCUCGUAGACAAAUCUACUUUCGUGUCGUCUUCGUGGGAUGGAACCAUAAAGAUUUGGGACCCGCUGAGACCUCAAUCGUUAAUGACUCUUCGUUCUCCUACAGAUCACUCUGUGCGAAGUUCUGGGCCCAAUCCAGGACCUAAUUCAGCAACAAAUUCUGGGGCUCCCGGGGCUCCAGGAACCACCCCGUCUUCGAGUACCGCCCAGUGUGUCUACAAUGCAUCUUUCUCGCCUCAUUCUCCAUCCACCAUCAUCAGUUGCAAUGGCACAUCCCAUAUUCAAGUGUGGGACAUCCGUGCACCACGACAGCUCCAAGUUGACUAUAUUGGCCAUGGCGGAAUGGAGGCCUUGAGUUGUGAUUGGAACAAGUACAAGUCUACAGUGGUGGCUACGGCAGGAACGGACAAGCUGGUGAGGAUUUGGGACUUGCGAAUGAUCACCAAAAUCGACCAGCCAAAUCCCAUUGCACCCAUGCCUGCAUACCACAUACGAGGGCCUACUCCACUAAAUGAAUUACUAGGGCAUGAAUUUGCAGUACGAAAAGUCAUGUGGUCUCCACACUCGGGAAACGAGCUCAUAAGUGCAUCGUACGAUAUGACAUGCCGAGUAUGGAACGAUAUGUCAAAUGAAAGAGCCCGGUUCUUGAACUCUGGGGCCGGUGGGUGUAAGGGUGUGAUGUCCAGGCAUCGAGAAUUUGUUAUUGGAUGUGAUUAUAGUUUAUGGGGAGAACCUGGAUGGGCUGCAUCUACCGGGUGGGACGAAAUGGUGUAUGUAUGGGAUUCCAAGCGGUUGUAA